UUCCGUCCAGAUUUCGGACAACUGCUCGAAUAGCUCGCUGUGGAGGUUUAGUCGGGAGAAAGAUCGAAAAUAUAUCGUGGAAAAUAGAACGGAAAAUCGCAUUUCCACGUGCCAGGGAGCUUGCUUUUUCCACCGUGAACACGCUGCUCGGGUGUGGUUGCAGCGGAAUUGGCCGGUGUGUGAUACCGUACCCAGACGCAACGCCUGCCUUGUUGUUGCUCGGUGCAGCAGGCUACGGGCCCCUCGAUGCGCUAGGAGGGUUUGCCAUACAAUCGUCUCAUUCGGUGCGGUCAUCAUCGCCACGACAAAUCCCUGAAACUUGUUCGAUUCCGCCGCGGACGCUGUCGUCAUCGGGUAAAGUAAUCGCGUGUAUCAGUCAGUGUAACAGAAUGGCAAAGUGAUACCAGAGAAGAGGCUGAUAGGAAAAGAAGUUCCAGCGAACCACAGACUCCCAUCGUAGUGAAGUGUGUAGCGGGUGUGAAACAUCACCUCGACAACGUCCAUGGCUAAUUGGCCAGGAGAUAAUGAUAUUGUGUCAAUGGAAUAAUCCUUGUUAAAAUGGUCGCUACGAUAAUAUACUAGAAGCGGAUUGAUCGUGCGAAAGGAAUAUCAACGAAGGAAACGCAAUUAAUUGUUUCAUCGGUGGAUGCAUUUAGUCAUUAAUUAUAAGCGUAUUACUAACCACAACGCUGCAUCGACUAACGGAUUCGUUUGUGGAAUUAACAAUUACAACCACAACAAAAGUGUGAACCAGAAUCUACAAACACAAGGGUAGUCAUAAAAGAAUGGCUGGCAGCAUCAAGCAAGAGGAUGUUUGCUACGUGGUAGCAAAGUAUGAUUACGAAGCGCAGGGUGCCCAGGAGCUUGAUUUGAGGAAAAACGAUCGUUAUCUGCUAUUGGACGAUAGUAAGCACUGGUGGAGGGUACAGAAUACACGCAAUCAGUCCGGUUACGUGCCCAGUAACUACGUGAAAAAGGAGAAAAAGUCCGUCUCACUGUUCGAUAGCUUUAAGAAGAAGGUUAAAAAGGGCUCCGGCAGCAAAACGCUUCCCAACUGUUCACCUUCCAGGCAGGUCGAUAGUCCAACAAUGAGUCGACGAUUACCGCCCGAUCCUUCGGAAGCCAUCGCUUCCACGCCGAUAGGAACUGCCAUAGUAAAAUACAACUACCAGGCGCAGCAGCAGGACGAGCUGUCGCUGACCAAGGGUACGCGGAUAUUGAUACUGGAGAAAUCGAACGAUGGUUGGUGGCGUGGUCAGAGCGGUUCUGCGACCGGGUGGUUUCCUAGCAACUAUACAACGGAAGAAAAUGAGGACGACACACUGCACACGUACGCGAUGGCAGAAAACGUGUUGGACAUCGUGGUGGCUCUUUACUCAUUCAAUUCGAACAACGAUACGGAGCUAUCGUUCGAAAAGGGCGAUCGUUUGGAAAUUCUUGACCGACCAGCGGCAGAUCCCGAAUGGUACAAAGCCCGUAACAAUAAUGGCCAGAUCGGGCUGGUACCGCGCAACUAUUUACAAGAACUGUCGGAAUACUUGGCUCAACCGUUCCGGAGCAAUGGUAGCGGACCGGAUUCGCUCGAUCGACGACCUAAUGAUGCGCAGUCGAACAACAACAACUCAAACACGAACAACAGUAACAACAACAACUCCCAGCAGCCGGAAAGACCCCACCUGACCGGCAAAAGCUGGUAUUACGGUGCUAUUACACGAAGUCAAUGUGAUACGGUGCUAAACUCUCACGGACACGAUGGAGAUUAUUUGAUUCGUGAUAGCGAAACGAAUCUGGGUGACUAUUCUGUAUCGUUGAAGGCCCCUGGCCGCAACAAGCAUUUCCGUGUGCACGUGGAAGGUAACAUGUACUGCAUCGGGCAGCGCAAAUUUCACACACUGGAUCAACUAGUGGACCACUACCAAAGAGCUCCCAUCUACACCAACAAGCAGGGCGAAAAGCUGUAUCUGGUACGACCGUUGCCGAAAGCAAACGGUACCUAAGCCCGAUAUGGAAUGCAAAAAUCACCCGAUAUUAGCGGACAUCGUUAGCGGCGGCUGGAAGUCACGCAUCAUCGGGGAAGGUAAAAGUGUGGUCAAAGGUGUGACUCAUAGCAUUAAAAGAAGGCAGACGUGUACGACAAAGCGUGUCCGCGUCCUCCAGCCUAAGGAGAGUAGUGCUCGCGAUUAGAUAAUUGGGAAUUUCAGUCAUUCAGCUUCCCCCCGGGGUUGGUAUCCCGGGGUUGGUACACUGUGUUUGCAAAGUAGUGUGUGUGUUUUCAGUUUGUUUAUUCGUUCGACGACGGACGUGAGUGUUGCGCAAGGUGAAUCCGGUUUUUGUUUAGUUGAUUUUAGAUGUGUUUCGGUUUUUAAUCGUUUUGCUCAGUUUUAGUUUCGAAGUUGGUUACACAUUUUCUAUAUCUCUUUUGAGCGAAACACGCUCGUUCAAGUGUAAAUGGAUGGGGACAGGAAGAGAAAAGAGGUAUACGAUUAGUUUUGUAAAUCAUGCUUUCCUUCAACCCCCUUUUAUGUAUAUUUUUUUAACAUCGAAUCUAAUGACCAAAUGAGAUCGUUUGAAAUGGUCUUUUGGGUGCAAACAAGAAAGUAGGGAAGCAAAAAAUGCGGCAAAUCGGACCCAAACCGGCCGAUGAAACAACGCGCUUCGAAAUGCAAACUCUCGAUUUAAUGAUAUGAUAAUUAUAACAGGUAGUAAUUUAUUUUGAAAGCCCACACUAAGCUUUAGCAUGGCAGUAUGGCGGUUUUUAAGUCACUUUAAAAUUUACCCGUGGGAUCGAUCGGUUGGGUGGGACAGAGUGUUUUUAGCCAGCAGAAAGAAAGGGUGUAUGCUCUCAUUGAUGUUCUGAGAAAGUGUUCUGCUAUUGUGUUCUAAUCAUUUUGCAACGAGGCUGAGGUUUUUGGUUUCGGACAGCAAGCAGUGGAUACGAAAUUGGCCAUUAGCAUCAUCGUCACCGUCUGCCAGCUGAAAUUAUCUCGCAUCUCCUCCGGUCCGGUUGCGUGUGCUUAAAGAGUGUGUGAAGUUAUUAUAUUCAAUUGUAGUUCAAAUGAUAACCAAAGGGGUAAACAUUUCGUUUGCGUAUCGCUACUCACAUCCAAAUAAUGAUGUGCGUGUGGUAACGUCCAAGUGGCGUUCACACACCAAAGCGACAAGGCACAUCUUUCCAUCCUCAGAGCAACAAGAAGUAUUUGCUAAAAUGCAAAAACUGUAGGCAUUUAUUUUGUUCCUGUUCAGUAGAUGUUUUCGGUACACAUCCAACACCCCCCACCCCACGAGUCUUAACAAGCGCGAGAGUGUUAAUGGUAAAUAGAAUUGCAAUCAAAAUGCAAAAGAAAAAUUGUAGAAAGAAGCGAGUUAGUACUGCUUUGAUUCCAUCUAAAAUUGCGAAAUGAAAUAAUAAGCACUUGGCAGGAAAUGCUUCUUCACAGUAUGGUGGCUCGGUGGGCAAGCGAGAGAAUGGACCUCGAUGUUGAUACACCAGAAAAGAACAAUCCGGCCACUGAUUCAGCUACAGCUACAUCACCAGUGUGUAUAGGUUUGUUGCGGGACGGGCAGUAAAUUUUGGUGAGCAAAAGCACUCCCUCGGGGUUCAAAUAAGGAAUCACGCAAAGUAUUGGUGCUGUUGUUUCUGUUUUAGUUUGGCUGCGGUUACCCCUUAACAUGCUAUCGCUGUGUGCCGUGUAUCUGUUGAGUGUGGGGAGAGUGUGUGUGAGAGAGAGAGAGAGAGAGAGAGAGUCAUAGAGUCAGUUUCACCCUUACCCAUUUUAAUCGGAAUGGCAACUAACGCAACAUAAGCAUAUAAACCAAUGUGGCAGCAUUGUAUCUAUAUCCCAUACUCAUCCCGUGUACAGAAGAUAUAAUAAAAUAGGCUUUGAGAUAGGUUCUCCGCAUCGCAUUUAACAAUUCAUUCCUUUGCUUGCACAGCUACGCGCGUUGAGAGUCGUGCUCGUGUAUCAUCAGCUAAUCAGUGCUGCUGUGUCUGAGUCAGUAAGGCAUACGGAAAAUGGAACGAAAGCGCGAUGCGACACAGCCGUAUGAUCAUCCGCAGGAACAGGAGAAAAUAAGGAACAAACUCAGUAUGUGUGUGUGUGUGUAGUACGAGGGAGAAUUGUUCUGUAGUUGGGAGCGAUGGUCUGAUAAUUUUAUACAAGGUAGCACGAUGUGAUGGAAUUAGUAAUUUUGAUACUUCCUUUUUAUAUCGACAGAAUGCGGAAUGGCGGAAGUUUAUUUGGACGAACACGCACGCACCCACACACACACACACACCGCUUUCGAUUAACGCGCGAAUGGUGUGUGGAUGGUUCGUUCGGCCGUACAGUACGUGUGUGUCGUGGUAGAUGUAAAUUGGUGUUGUGUGAAGCUCUCUAAUUUUCGUCUCCCGUUCUCGGGGUGCUCGGGGGCAGGAACUACCGGCCACCCAGCCUGUGGGAGCUUUGUAGCAUACUUCCAUCCGUACCAUCUUCGCUGAGCUCUGUCUGUUAAAUCAUAGCUAAAGCUGUUCCGUUUCCCACCGUCACGUUUAUGGUGAUGAUCGCUAGUUUUUGGAACGGAAAAAAGAAGAAAAUAAAUCAUACCUGUGGGUGUGGACUGAGAUCACAGAGCCUACAUGAGAUCGAUAUUCUUUCGAACUAAGUAAAAACGAUGCGCGAUCUGUGUUGUGAAGCUCUCUACGCGAGCCUAACGAUAUUUCUGCCGACAACCAAAUUGGGUGUGUGUGUGUGUGUGCUAACGAGUUGAACGACAGCUCGCACUAAUAACGAAGUAAUUGGCACUAAUUUUUGCGUGAGCACUGCUGCCGGUCGGAACGAAUUAAUCGAGACAUUCAUAAUAGCUAAACUAUCUACUUACAUCACAUAACUUACAACCAAUUCGGGACAUAUAACAUAGCGACGACAGUGUAUGGAAUAGAUCUAAUGAUAAUCGAAUUUCGCAGACGCAGACACAUGCCUUUGGGGAUGGGAAGGUGGGUUUAUUGCAAGAUGUACUGCAACAUGCACACGAAAUGGGCUACAAAGUGCCAUUUUUACACAGACUUAGUCCCCUUCGCACGGCAGCAUCAGCAGAAAGCUUGAGUGUGGGAGGGAGCAAUUGUUUGUGAGUGGAGAACCAGCGGCGGUAUGCUGCGGACGGGUAUUAGCGAGCGUUUGCUUUUACGUUUGUGACAACAUGAUAUUAAUUUCGAUAGGGCGCUGCGAAAGGAGGCAGCAACAUUACCGAUCCUGUGCUACUCGCGGCGGCAUAGAGUUGCAGGGAGCGUCAACCGUCAACAGCAGCGCAGAUAAAGCUUGGUUUCAUCCAUUGGAUUGCUUCUUUAGCUGUCGACCAAAAAGCGUGUGCGUUGAUCCCAGUUGUGUAAAGAUUGGGAGAUGAAACAUUAGAAUCGGUUUUCAAAGCUGAAACCUCUAGAAUAGUAAGCGGAGAGUAAAAAAGUGGUAGUGAAAUUGUAGAACCUUAAUUUGAGCUAUAUACAAUCCCGCUAGAAUCUCUUCCACGCGCGCGAACGUUCUCGCUGGCACGUCGUGUGCAUCAACAUCAACAACAAUCCAACACAUCCAGGAGGAGGGGAGGUAUGGAUGGUCGUCAAUGGCAAUGAUGGUAGCGACACCUUCCUUCCAAGCGAAACGGUUCACCGAACAAUGUAUUCUAUUCUUUGCCUACUUCACAUUCAUCAAUACCGUUAAGGCAUUAAUUAAUUUAAGCGAAACGUUUGCAGCAACCGAUCAUGCACACACAAUAUGCAAGUCAAUGAAGACAGGGACAACAGCAGGCGACAGAUUGAAGGCACGAACAAAAGAAAAAGCAAAAGAUAGCCAUCCAAGCAAGCGUUGCGGACAAUGGUAGUGUGAAGAACGAAAUCAUCCUAAUACCAAAAUAUACAAGUAAUAUAGAAUAUUAUAAAGAAAAGUAAAAUAAAAAAACAGGAAGUAAUUUGCAAAUAAUCGUGGACGCAAAACUGUGAACAAACAAGCAUGGGAAAGCAAAGACUUUGCAAGCUCCGAUACUCGUAGCACGGACGGACGGAUGGUGUUGUAGGUGUUGCAGCAGCAGUAGUAGAAUGAUUGCGAACGAUUUGAAACGAACGACGUACGCUAGGUAUCGAACCCAAUGGGUGGUGGUGGUGGUGGUGGUGGACGGAAGGUUUUAGUAGGUCAACACACACACACACAUAUACCAAUCACCGACACAGACUGGAUAACGAGUGAACUAGGAAAGUAUGCAAAGUAUAAAGACAUAGGCGUGAAACGAUGAAAAUAUUGUAUAUCGUAAUGAAAAACAAAACAAAAAAAAAACAACAACUAAGUCAUCGCAAUAAAGGUAAGAUCAAUGAAUCUAGAGAA